CAUGCCUAACAAUGAUAACAGCCCCUCAUUUCUCGUCAUUUUCGGACUAAAAUAGCCAAAAAUAAAAAAUAAAAAAGACAAACAUUAAUCUCCAUCAUAAUUGUAGAGAGAGAAACGUGCGAGAAAGAGCAAUAAUGGGAGAUUGCAGGAGAGUAGGUGUGGCGGUGGAUUUCUCGCCGUGCAGCAGGAAAGCCUUGAGGUGGGCGGUGGAUAACGUCGCGCGGAGCGGCGAUCACCUGAUUCUCGUCACCGUACAGCCCGAGGGCUACUACGAAUCCGGCGAGAUGCAGCUUUGGGAGACCACCGGUUCUCCUUUGAUUCCCUUAUCCGAUUUCUCGAACCUCCAACUCAUGAAGAAAUAUGGUGUCCAACCUGAUCCGGAAACAUUGGAUAUCGUGAACACUGCAUCGAGGCAGAAAGAGCCUGAAAAGCAGAUCACUGUGCUCUUGAAAAUAUUCUGGGGGGAUGCUCGAGAAAAGAUAUGUGAAUCAAUUGAUAAAAUUCCCCUCGACUGCCUGAUCAUCGGCAAUAGAGGCCUUGGCAAACUCAAGAGGGCUAUUAUGGGUAGUGUUAGCAACUUUGUGGUGGCUCAUGCUCCAUGUCCCGUUACUGUGGUGAAGAGCCAUGACUAAACAUGGUGCUUUUUUCUGGUGGAGCUUAUUCUUGUUGUGUUUGCUGAAGUUCCUCAUCUUUUGAGGGCUCUAGACUUGUUAAGUAGUGAAUAAUUGUGUUGUGUUGUGUGUGAUUUGAUUUCUAUAAGUUUGUUAUUGUAUGUGUGCCAUAUCAUCGAAGGAUUCUUGUUGUAAGAAUGAAACUAAACGACUGUUUAAUCAGAAGUUAAGGUUGAAUAAAACAAAACACGAGGCCGGAAUUAUGUUGUUUUUAGAAUCAAAUGUGAUUAUUGGUAUUGGCAGAUCAAAAUUUAUUGCUAUUUUAGAAGUUGA